GGGGCUAGAACAACAGAAACUAAAUCAAAUCUUCGCGCUCUCUGUACUCAGCAGAAGCUUAAUGGUGUAACAGCCUGCACAACAAGCCAUCGGUCUUUUCAUUUUCUAAAUAGACGAUGGGAGAUGUGGAAGAGAGAGUAGAAGAUGCAGAGUACGAGAGUGAAUCGGAGGAUUUGGCGCUGUUCUUUCUGAGACGAAGAGAAGCGACGGAUGACGAUGAAGAAGUGGAGGACUGUGAGACGGUUGUAAGUAUCAAUCGGAAGCUUCGGAUGGAUUACGGCGAUGAAUCGGACGGUCUAGAUGGACUACCGGAGUACUACGAUGAUGUGUCGUACAUAGACGAACUUGAAGAGCUUGCGGAUGAAGUUACUGAUGAUUUUUGUGGAGAAAAAGAGCCAGGAGACUACGAGAAGGGACGAGCUGAAGACGAGGUUACGGCGAUGAAACUGAGGAGAGAAAUGGAGAGAGAUGCGUCGUCGGUUCCAAAAGUCGGUGCGUUCUAUAUGCAUGAUGAUCGAUUCGGAUUUGGCCGUGGCCGUCGACAGAGGUACUUUUCUUUUGGUUUGAUUUUACGCUUUAUAAUCGGGACCGUGAACUAGUAAAUAGAUAUUUAUGCAAUGCAUGUGGAGAAAAAUCGAUUCUUAGAAGAAUAAAGUCGAUCCGAAUCUUGAAAGCACUUGAAGUAUUUCGGAUUUCUUGAGGCUUGAUUUUAAUGUCUGCAGGAGCCUCCUUUUGCAUGAAUACAUACAACUGUCAAGU